AUGGCGCUCAUCGACGUGGACAAGGUGUUAGCAAAGCUGACGAUCCAGGAGAAGAUCCAGCUCCUAUCCGGUGAAGAUACAUGGAAAACUUCAAGUAUCGCGAGAUUGAAUAUCCCCUCUAUUACAACCACCGAUGGGCCGCACGGUGCUCGAGGAGUUUCUUUCUUCAAUGGACCUCCAGGGAUGCUCCUCCCAUGCGCCACGGCAAUGGGAGCCACGUUCAAUCGAGAUCUCAUAUGUAGAGCAGGCACUAUGCUGGGCAGGGAAGCUCGUGAGAAAGGUUGCCAGAUUUUGUUAGCACCGACAGUCUGUCUGCAGCGGUCUCCACUCAUUGGGCGAGGGUUUGAGGCCUUCGGCGAAGAUCCAUGGCUCAGUGGCACCCUCGCCUCGGGCUAUAUCAAUGGUGUGCAGUCAGAGGGGGUUGGAUGCGCCAUCAAGCACUACGCUGCUCACAACCAGUCUUCCGAUUCUCACGAGGAUUCGAUCUGGGCUUCGGAGCGAACACUCCGGGAGGUCCACCUGCUGCCUUUCCAAAUUGCGACGAAGCAGUCCAACCCCUGGUCGUACAUGACCUCCUACCACAAGAUCAACGGAGUGCACACAUCUGAAGAUCCAUGGCUUAUCAACCAGGUUCUUCGAGAUGACUGGGGUUGGGACGGCCUAGUUAUGAGCGACUGGUUCGGAAUGUGCAGCACUGCAGCGUCGCUCAAUGCCGGAAUGGACCUCGAAAUGCCGGGACCCCCAAGGUGGCGAGGCCAGCUGCUGCUGUGGUCCUUCCUUGCCGGGAAGGUUAAACUGCAGACAAUUGAUUUUGCCGUGAGGAACCUACUUAAUUUGAUCAAUAAGGUGCAGCCUUCUCUGAAGCCUGUCGAUCCAUUGGACGUAGCAGUGGGUGAUACCCCUGAGAAGAGGGAGCUCUGCCGCAGGGUUGCUGCGGAAUCCAUUGUGCUCCUCAAGAACAAGAAGAAUCUGUUGCCCCUCGAUCCUAAAUCCGGCGGCAAGACAUAUGGCUUAAUCGGACCCGGAGCUUUGUACCCAGCUGUGAGUGGAGGUGGCUCAGCAGACCUGGUAGGUUACUACGUCAGUCAGCCCUUGGACGCCUUGAAAGAGCUGGUCGGUGCCGAGAACGUUACUGCAAAUGUUGGAUGUUAUGGCCAUCGUUUCUCGCCUCUACUCGAGUCGUCCAUUACCGUACCUGGUACCAAUCAGCCUGGCUACUACCUGGAAUACUUCAUGCAGCAGCCUGAUAGCUCCGGGAGCAUCGAACCAUUAGUUACCACGACAACUACGCAAGCUCAAAUGUACUUUGCUGAUAACCUACCAGAAGGAAUCACUGCAGGAUAUUGGCUUCGAGUUUCAACUACUUAUACAGCAGAAGAAACUGGCAUGAUCCAGCUGGGCUUGUGUGUCCUUGGGAAGGGCCGGCUGUACAUUGAUGGAGUUGAGAAGAUCGAUCUGUUCACAAGCCAGCCGGAAAAGACUCUCCAGACGCCCAUGUUCAACCAGGCCAGCAUGGAAGUCACCACCGUCCUCGACGCGCAGAAGGGCCAAAAGUACCAGAUUGUUGUCCUCUUGCAGAAUGAGCACCUGAUACCUGGUAUUGGUGCCCUGAAUGCGGGUGGCCUACGCAUCGGUUGCUGUGAACACUUUGACCCAGACGCAAAGCUAUCAGAUGCCGUGGAAGUAGCCCGAUCCGUCGAUUACCCCAUUGUGAUUGCUGGACUAAAUGCCGACUGGGAGAGCGAGGCAAUGGAUCGGGAAUCACUUUCGUUAGCUCCGCAAGUUGACCGGCUCCUUGAAGCUGUUCUCAAAGCCAAUCCCAACACUAUCAUCGUCACCCAGGCUGGAUGUCCCAUUGCUCUUCCUUGGCUAGACUCGGCCAACACUCUGGUCCACGCCUGGUACGGCGGCCAAGAGACAGGCAAUGCUAUCAUGGAUGUUCUGUUCGGAAAAGUCAACCCCAGCGGCAGAAUUAGCGUCACAUUCCCCAAUAGGAUAGAGGACAACCCGGCUUUCCUGUCGUUCGGCAAGGUAGACAAAAUGCUGUACUACGGUGAGAGCGUGUUCAUUGGGCAUCGCUACCAUGAGAAGCUCCAAAUCCCACCACUCUUUUACUUCGGGUACGGCCUGUCGUACACCACUUUUGCGUACCGCGAUUUGAAGGUGCCAAAAACUGUUGAUCUGGCGAGCCAAGACACGUUCAAAGUAUCUGUGACGGUGCAAAACACUGGCACUCGCGACGGCGCCGAGGUCGUUCAAGUCUAUGUCUCGGACGUGAAAAGCUACGUUCAACGACCUGCCAGGGAAUUGAAGGGCUAUAGCAGGGUGAAUAUUCCAGUUGGCGGUACUGUUAAUGUUCCUAUCACGCUGGACAAGUACGCACUCUCUUUCUACAGCCAAGAGCAUGCACAGUGGGUGGCAGAAAAGGGAAUGUUUGAUAUUAUCAUCGCCACCAGCGCUGAUCCUAAGGAUGAGCUUCUGCGGCAACGCUUUGAGCUUGUUGCCGAUUAUUUGUGGUCGGGAUUGUGA